CCUGGCGCGGAAGGAGGCCGGCAGCCCGGGGGUUGGCGCUGCGCGCUGCACGCAUUUAAGGGCUGCCGCGCGGCGCACUCGCCACUCUGUCCGCGGCUCCGGCACCGGGCGCCCUGCGGACCACCAUGCUCCCGGCUUGCUGCUUGGAGACGGCGCUGCUGCUGCUCCUCUUGCUGACCGAGGCGGCGGCGGGUGGAGGGCGGCCAGGAGGCGGCGGCGCCCCUUGCGCUUCCCCGGCGGCGGCGGCCGGCCGCGCAUCCUCUGCCCGGGACGCGCAGGCUCUCCGCGACGAGCAGGGCUGCGACGCGCGGGUGCUGGGCGAGCCGUGCGGCGUCUACACCCCGAGCUGCGCGCCCGGCUUGCGCUGCGUCCCUCGGCCCGGCGAGCGCACUCCGCUGCACGCCUUGCUGCACGGCCGGGGGGUCUGCGUGGCCGGAGGCGGCCGGAACCAGACGGAGGCGGCGCCCGCGGCAGGUGAUGGUUGGGAGGAGAAUCACCAUGCCGGUCAAUCAACAGCAGAGCCUCUCCUGUUACAGAGCCAGGAUCCACUGCAAGAGGUCACGGUUGGCAAAACCCAACUACAGCAGCUGUCCCUGGACAGUGAUGCCAAACAGGAGCGUGAUAUGGCUCCUUGCCGCAGGCACCUGGCAGCCAUCUUGCAGGAGUUGAAGGCCCCGCUCUACCAGAAUGGUCAAGACAUCUUCAUUCCCAACUGUGACACCAAAGGGUUCUACAGGCGUAAGCAGUGUCAGGCAUCCAAGGGACAGAAGAGAGGCCAGUGCUGGUGUGUGGAUAAGAGAGGCCGCCGGUUGGAGGGCAUGGAAGAAAAACCCCUUUGCCUGCUUCCCAAUGUCGACUGAGCGGUUGGGAGUAGAGUGCUCCAGCAGCAGAGAUGCUUGUCCAGGAAGAAUCUCUCUACUAGAACUGUUGCAAAUAUUUGCUUUUAACUUAUUGUGCUGUUGCUGCCUUGCUGGGACCUUGCAUUCCCUGGAAUAACCUUGGAGCAGCUGUUGCAUCUGAUAAUUUACAGAAGGGUGGAGGGGCCUGGACUGGCUGCAUCACAACAGGGGCCAAGAGGAGGCUUCUGACUACAUGACUAAAGAUGUUUUCUUGGAUAAGCUAUCAGUGGUUGCACUGCAAAGAUAAGCUGGCACCUAAGCCAGCUUUACAUUUAGUAGAUGUUGCGUGCAUCCUAUGUUCUAAGCCGGUAGGGAGACAUGAGUAGCCAGAUGCUGGGUGUGGGGAGGAGAACCAGGGCUGCUCUAAAGCUUUUUACCAAGCUAGAAGUAAUAGGAAAAAUGGGGAAGGAGACAACUUUGUAAAAACAAUGACCAUAGAGAGCCCGCAAGGGCACUAUGAAAUGGGAAAGGAUGAGAACAGCAACCUCACACUAUUACCAACACCUAGAAUUAUCAUUAGAUAGUGUGGAAGGGAUAAAUGGCACAGGGCACUGGGACACUCGUGGUGGUUCUUUUUCCCACUAACACCUGCUUGGUCCUUAGCCUGCCCUCUGUAUCAUGUUGCCUUACAGCCUCCUCUCAAGCAGAUUGUGGGGAGAGCUACAUGGAGGGGGUCUGUGGUUGCCUGGGUUCUCCCUGUUCUCUGCCAUGUGCUUCAAUUGGGCGGGGGGUGGAUUCUGUAUGUUUCACUGGCACUGGAUUCAAUAAAUCUGAGGACUAUAUAACAUG